GUAACUAGGACAGGCUCCCAGCCAGGAUCUGUGUCCUGGAGUUUGAAGGUCUGGAGAAGCUGUACCUGGAUCCAAGGGUUGGUCCAAGCCCUGAGUGGGUGGAGUGUCCGUGGAAAACAUUAUAAGGAAGCAUUAGGGAGCUGAGCAAACAGUGUGAGCUGGAGCAGAGGGAGAAGCAACAUGGGAGAGCUUUGUGUCCGCUCUGUGCUGGUGACUGGGGCCAACAGGGGCCUCGGCCUGGGGCUCGUCCAGCAUCUGCUGGGGUUGCCAAAACCUCCACAGUGGUUGUUUGCAACCUGUCGGGACCCCAAGGGGCAGCGAGCACAGGAGUUACAGAAUUUGGCCUCCAAACAUCACAACCUGGUCAUCCUCCCUCUUGAAGUUGCCAACCCCACCAGCAUCAAGGCAGCUGCAGCCAAAGUUGGGGAGCACCUGGGGGGCUCCGGGCUGAACCUUCUCAUCAACAAUGCUGGAAUUGUCAAGAUAACCUUGCUUGAAAAUGAGACACUGGAAGACAUGACUGAGAUUUACACCACCAACACAGUUGGGCCUCUGCUGAUGGGCCAGGCAUUCCUCCCCUUGCUGAAGAAGGCAGCCCAGGGGAGCCCGGGCUCAGGGCUGAGCUGCAGCAAGGCAGCCAUCGUCAACAUGUCCAGCUAUGCAGGCUCCAUUGAAGAUGUCUAUGUAUGGGAAUUUGGACAAGUUGUCUCGUACCGCUGCAGCAAGGCUGCUCUGAACAUGCUGACCAAGUGCCAGUCCCUGGCAUACCGGGAGCACGGCAUCCUCUGUGUCACUCUCCACCCUGGCUGGGUGCAAACUGAAAUGGGGGGGAGCUCAGAAUCAUUUAAGCCCCCCCUGACAGUUGAUGCCAGCGUGCAAGGGAUGUUGAAGGUGCUUUCCUCCCUCUCUGAGAAGGAGACCGGGACCUUUCUGGACUGGGAAGGGAAGAUCUUGCCAUGGUGAGAUGCUGGUUCAGGAUUCUCACUGUGGGGACCUUUGCUGCCACACAGUGUUGUGCCUGUGCCUUAAUAAAUUAGUGUCUGUAAACAAUAA